AUGGCGACCGAUAUGACGAGCCCCAUCCUGGACGCCCUGUCCGCGUCCGACGCCUCCAUCCUCUCCAGCGAAGCCUUCCCCUCCACCCCCUCACUAAACGUCAAGGCCGCCCUCGACCGUCUAGCCUCCCGACAGAUGGUCGAGUAUGAGACCUUCGAUAAGGAGGUCGCUGUCUUGACCCCCGAAGGUGAAGAGAUCGCCUCGAAUGGCAGUCACGAAGCCAAAGUGUUCCAGGCCGUGUUGGCUGCCAUGGACGGAUUGAAGAUCGCCGAGUUGCCCGGAGUCGUUGGAAAGGAAAACGCCAAGAUCGGUCAGGGCAAUGCUUUCAAGAAGGGCUGGAUCAAGAAGGACAAGGAUCUUCUACGGGCGACGACCGACACCAUCGUGGACGAGACCCGCGAGUUGUUGCUGACGGUCAAGAACACCCAGACUCUGAACGACCAGAAGGCCCUCACAGAUUUGAAGCGGCGCAAGCUGGUCGCCCUGCAAAAGGUCAUCUCCUUCAAGAUCUCUAAGGGUCCCAAGUUCGCGCGCGAGUUCGUCAAGGAGGAGACCGACCUGACCGCGGAGAUGCUCAUGAACGGCUCCUGGAAGACGGCCCAGCUGAAGCCCUACAACUUCAAGGCCAAGGGUGCCCCCACGCCCGCUGGUGCUUUCCACCCCCUGAACAAGGUGCGCCAGGAAUUCCGCAACAUCUUCUUCGAAAUGGGUUUCGAGGAGAUGCCUACCAACCGUUUCGUCGAGACGGGCUUCUGGAACUUCGACGCCCUCUUCGUCCCUCAGCAACACCCCGCCCGUGACCUUCAAGAUACCUUCUACAUCGCCGACCCGGUCAAGGCCGACCCACCCCGCGAGGACCCAGAGAACGACCCUCACCGUCCCAAGUCCAUCCAGCCGGCCUCGAACGCCACCCAGGAGAAGCCCCUCGACUACAAGCAGUACUGGGAGGACGUCCGCCAGGUGCACGAGAAUGGCAAGUACGGAUCCAUUGGUUACCGCUACCCCUGGGAUGCCGACGAGGCGCUGCGGCUGGUUCUCCGCACACACACCACCUCGGUUUCGACAUAUGUUCUGCACAAGCUGGCGGCCAACCCCCGUCCGGCGAGAUACUUCAGUAUCGACCGAGUGUUCCGUAACGAGGCGGUCGACGCCACCCACUUGGCCGAGUUCCACCAGAUCGAGGGUGUCAUUGCCGACUUUGGUCUCACCCUUGGUGGUCUGAUUGGCUUCAUGGAGGUCUUCUUCGCCAAGAUGGGCAUCCACCAGCUCCGCUUCAAGCCGGCCUACAACCCCUACACCGAGCCCAGUAUGGAGAUCUUCGGUUACCACGCUGGCCUUGGUAAGUGGGUGGAGAUUGGAAACAGUGGUAUGUUCCGUCCGGAGAUGUUAGAGCCCAUGGGUAUCCCCAAGGGCAUGCAGGUCUACGGAUGGGGAUUGAGUCUGGAGAGACCUACCAUGAUCAAAUACGGCGUCAGCAACAUCCGAGAACUCCUGGGUCACAAGGUCGAUCUCGGCUUCAUCGAGUCCAAUCCUGCCGUCAGACUUGAGAAGGACUAG